AUGGCGCACGCGCCGCACCCGCACGCCUCAGACGCGGCCGCUCUGGGGUCGGCGCACGUCGCCGUAGACGAAGCGGAGUACGCGGGUGCUCGCGAGUCGCUCGCGUCGCAGGACACUGCCGCGGGCGGGCGGCGGAAGAGCGGCAUCCCUCGUGGUCCGAGCUGGACUCCUUUUGAACAACUUGCCGCGCUCGACGCAUACUUCAGCGCGUGCGAAGUCGUGCAAGAGAGUAGGGAGGUCGAUCGAUGGCAACACGCUAACAAGCGGUACCCCCAUUACGUUCGGGAGCUCGCCGCGUUGGGUCUGUGGAAACCAUCGACGACCGUACACGGCGCGAGGACGCCCGAGGAAUCCAUCGACGCACGUCGGUGCGAAGAAGUCAACGAACACGGUGUCGUCGGAGCGAACAAGACUGUGUUCGAACGUGGAAAGGCUGUGAAGGCACACGUGCUCAAAGUCGCGCACAUUUUCCGACGUGAUUUCAGAGCGUGCGGAAACCAACAAGGUGAGUCUGGAAAAGCCGUCAGGACUUUUGGACAAGCAAGAGAACGAAGCUUUGAAAGAAAAACAUUCAGAAGCGACCCUUGUGGUAUUCAGGUACGUGGUGCCAGACUCCCCGUAUCUCGAUCCCGCUGCGUACAGGACGCUGAAAGAACGUGCGAGACCGGAGUUCGCGCUAAGACACGAAGACAGGUGCACUUCGGCUGCGAACACUGCCAGUUGGUUACAGCAGCGCACAGCGGCGGCGACAGCACGUCGCGAGUCGGUACAUCCGAUAACCAUGGCGCCGGAUAA